AUAUUGAACUAAGACUCAAGUCACGUGACAAAUGUAGCAGAAGUCACUAAAAUUGAUUGUACGAAUAUUUCACUUGUUAAAGUUAUUUCUACUUAGAAAAGUAAAUAGUGAGAGCUAGAGUAUUUUUUCAUGUCUAUAAUUUAAACUUGCAAUUAAACCGAUGGUAGAUAGAGUAUUUAUCCAUUAUACUUUUUGUUUUUCGUUGGGUUCAUCAUUCUCGUUACAACUUAAUCUUAUCUAUUAUUAUAAAAGGUGCAGAGAUCACGUUUUGAAUCAUUCCGACUUCAACAUGCAAGCAAAGAGCAGUUACGAAGAUAUUAUGGAAUUUGCGGGACCCAUUAAGGAUGGGAUCUUUGAAUUUAUUCAAAGCUUAGAGAACUUCUUAAGUCCUUUCGAUCGCUGGAAGAUUUUGUUUGUGAGCGCUUUUGUUACUUACUACGUAGUCCAAUUUUUAAAUAUGCAGUCAGAUGGGAUUUAUAAUGGGCUAAAAAAUUUCGUUUUCAAGUGGUAUCGUAGAUUGCCCAUUAUCAAAGGUAUUGUCCAGAAGAAACUAAAGAAAACUUACGAUGAUAUGGAACAUUCGAUAAACAAAACUUGCGCUAACGUUCCAUACUUGAUGGAGUUGCCUGAUAAAAAAAUGACGCAUGAGCAAGUAAUCAAUUUGGCGAAAAAAUAUCGAAAUAUGGGUAAUGUAGAAUGGAAUAGUGGUCGAUGUUCUGGAACUGUAUAUAGUGGUGAAGAGGAUUUGACUAAACUUGCAACUGAAAUAUACGGUAUGUUUGCAUGGUCCAAUCCGCUUCAUGCUGAUGUAUUCCCUGACGUUCGUAAGAUGGAAGCAGAGGUGGUGAGAAUGUGUUGUAACUUGUUCAAUGGAUCGAAAGAAUCUUGCGGAACAAUGACCAGCGGUGGAACUGAAAGUAUUAUGUUGGCUUGUAAAGUAUACAGAGAUUUAGCAUACGAGAGAGGAAUUCAAAAACCAGAGAUCUUAUGCGCUGUCUCAGCUCAUGCUGCAUUUGAUAAAUCAGCUGAAUAUUUCCGAAUGAAAAUUGUCCACGUCCCUGUGGACAAAUCGGGCGCAGUAGAUAUUGGCAAAAUGAGACAAAAAAUUAAUCGUAAUACUUGCAUGCUUGUUGGAUCUGCUCCCAGUUUUCCUCAUGGAAUUAUCGAUCCCAUGAUAGAGAUAGCAAAGCUUGGAAAAAGAUAUAAUAUACCAGUUCACACCGAUUGCUGUUUGGGUGGUUUCAUUGUACCAUUCAUGGAUAAGGCUGGUUAUCCUAUUCGUCCCUUUGAUUUCCGACUUGAUGGCGUUACAAGUAUAUCCGCCGAUACACACAAAUAUGGUUAUGCUCCUAAGGGAUCUUCUGUCAUACUGUAUAAGGAGAAAAAAUACCUUAGAAAGCAAAUAUUUUCUGCAGUCGAUUGGCCUGGCGGCAUAUACGCUUCUCCAACGUUCGCUGGCUCUAGGGCCGGUGCUAUUAUAGCAGCUUGUUGGGCAACAAUGCUCUACAUGGGAGAGAAAGGAUACGUUGAGUCAACAAAAGCUAUUUUGGAUUGUAGAGCUGAUAUGGAGAAGAAAUUAAGAAAAAUAAAAGGAAUUUAUGUAAUUGGAAAACCUGAAGCGACUGUCAUAGCUAUUGCCUCAGACGAUUUCAACAUUUACCGACUGUCUGAUGCUAUGACUAAACUAGGCUGGAACUUGAAUGCUUUACAAUACCCAUCAAGUAUUCAUAUUUGCUUAACCCUAACACAUACAAAACAAGGAGUAGUGGACAAAUUUAUUAAAGAUAUAAACCAGUCUGUCAGCGAAAUAUUAAAAAAUCCCAAAGAAGAAUUGAAUGGAAUGGCCGCCAUGUAUGGAGCUGCUCAAAGUGUUCCAGAUAGAGGAUUAAUAGGAGAAGUUGCUACAUCUUUCAUUGAAGCUUGUUAUAAUACCAAUGCAACAAAAUAA